AUGGAGACAGCUGGAGACUGUAGGAAGACACAUGCCAGAGUGAGUCCCAAUCCCCUGACGCACCUGCAAGAGGUAGAACCCCGCGUGGCAAAGCGGCGCUUGUCACAGGCACGCCACCGGGCUACACUGGCAAGACUCUUCAGCAGCUUGCGGGAGGCUGUUUUAUCCCAGUCAGACAACUCGGCCUUAAAGUAUCAGGUUUUGCGUAAGGCUAAGAAAUCUAUCCAGAAGCUGGAGCAAACCUUGGGUUCUUUUCUGAAGAUGAAAGAGUCCUUCAGUCUGGAGGAUGGGAACCCGUCCAGCUUGGAGGAAGUCAGGGAGGCAUAUGUCAAGAGGCACUUCAGGAAUCACAGCACUGCUUCAGCCUUGGAAGCUGUGAGUGAGAGUGACUCUACCAUCUGGUAUUUGAUUCAAGAAUGUGAAAAACAAACACUGGAAGAGGAUGGGAAGCUAGAAUUGAUCCAGUCUUCAGAGACUUUGUCCCCGGAUCUGGUGGAAUUUGAACGAUACCUGUAUUUUUAUAAGCACACAGUGGACCUGUUGAUAGAGCAUGGAAUUGUUUGCACUGAGGAGGUGCCUCUUCCUGAGGUCUCCACGGCUAUUUCCCACCUCUGGCAAGAGCUUUCUGAAGAAAGGAGAGACAGCAUCUUGCAGUACUGUAGCCAGAGAGAUUUCCUCAUGGAUCCUAAGGCUGCUUGCCAAGAGCCUGCAUGCACUGAAGGUAGUGUGAGGGACAGCCGAGGUAACAGUGAGGAAGCCAGUGGUUCCUCAGUCUCCACACCAGAGGACGUAAUGUUUGAAGAUGCGUUUGAUGUUGCUGCCGGUUUCCUUGACAGAAGCGAGACUCAGGGAAUGUCUAGCCAGAGUUCAGCAUUUGCAAGCUGCACUUCUGAAAAUCCAGAGGAUCACCACAGACUCUAUCUGCAGAUCACUAACUUCCUAAAAAGCCUCUUCUUUGCUAAUACACAGUUUUGCCAGGAAGAAGAUCUUCAGUUCGAUUAUGAGACUGUGAUGCUGAGGUGCACUGAGACCUUCGAUGAUGAAGAUUUCUAA